UCUCAAAUAUGGCUGCUACACAAGCUAUAGCCCCUUGAAAAAUCUCCUGUCACUGUAUUUUAUUCUGAGACUGCAAUAAAUAUUAACUAAAUAAUUCAGAUAAUACGCGACUUCGUGUUGACACCUGUCGUUGAUUCCUCCAGCUGUCAAAAUAGUUAUGAGGAACAUCCAGGUGACGUUUUGUGACGAGAGACUCGACUGCUGAUAGAAUAAUUUCUUCGUCAUCGAGAUUGAUAACAUAAUUUCAGAGACUCCAAGUGAUUUUGGGAUCUAGGAGAGAAAAAAAAGUGAGGCUGAGUGAAUUUGAAGUGGAGUUAACAUUUUUGCGGGAAUAAUUGGGGUAUGUCGGUUACAUUUGCACAGCGCGGCCGGCCUCCACCGAGCCCUGCGCAAAUUCAAAAGAUGCUGGAUGAGAACAGCCACUUGAUUCAGACAAUCCAGGACUUCCAGAAUAAAGGAAAACCCCAGGAGUGCCUCCAGUAUCAACAGAUUUUACACAGAAAUCUUGUCUAUCUGGCAUGCAUUGCUGAUGCUAAUCAGAAUAUUCAAGCUCUUCUCCCUCCACCACAGGGGAUGCAGCCCAGUGCCAAUGGUCCCCAGCACCCUAUGAUGGGGCCUCAGGGUCCACCAGCGCUGGGAGGAGCUCCUCCAAAUGCGCCUGGACCAGUCGGUGACAUGCCACCGAGUGCCCAACAGCCAUUGCCCAUGUCAGGAUUUCCCCAGGGUCAGCCUAUGGGUCAGCCAGGAUACAGGGGUCCUGUGAUGCCAGGUCAGGGACCUGCUAUGAAUCGAGUGAAUCCAGGUCCAGGCCCCCAACAAUUUCGUGGAGGUCCUCAGGGUUAUCCUCAGCAGCCAAGCCAGCAGGGCUAUCCAUCAUCAUACGGCACUCAAAAUCCUCCAGGGAAUUAUCAGGGCCCACAGGGUCCGUCAUACGGUCCCAAUCAGCCAUCGCAAUUUGCCCCAUCGAAUCCCCCACAGCAGCAGGGUUAUCCAUCAGGCUCCCAACAGAAUUACGGUCCACCAACGACAGUUAACAGUUAUGGAGGCCAGCCAGGGGCUUAUCCACCCCCAGGAGGUCCCCAACCGCAGGCAAAUUACGGGCCACCACCUCCAAAUCCCCAGGGUUACUCACCAGCAACGUCGACUCAACAGAAUUUCUCCCAGAACACUCAACAGCCCCCACAGCAGCCACCAGGGCAGUACGGCAGCCCAAGUCCUCAGCCAUCCUACCAGCCUUCUAAUCAGCCCCCAUCCCAGUCAGCCUACACUCCCAAUCCAUCACCAGGGAAUUAUCCACCACCUCCACAGGGUAAUCAGCCCUAUCCUAAUAGUGUACCACCCCAGAAUUAUCCACCACCGGCUACAUCAAACAGUGUAGCACAACCAUCGCAGCCGGGACCACCCCAGCAGUCGUCAGGUCCACCUCAACCGUCAUACUCCAGUCAACCCAGUCCUGGGGGUCCUCCUACCCCAUAUGGACCCACAUCGACAUCGCCACCAUUCAGUACAACCUCUGUGACAGGUGCUAAUACGUAUCCCCAGAGUAGUCAAGCCACGAGUACCCCUUCGGCAUCAACUCAGACUUAUCCACCCACCAGUGGACCACCUCCAGCGACAUCCCAAGCCGGUAGCUAUGUACCACCCAUGCCAACUCCAUCAGGAUAUCCUGUUCAUCAGCCAUCGCACCUACCACAUCAGCCACCACAUCAGGGGCCACCACAUGGCCAGUCACACCAGGGGCCACCUCAUCAGUCACCACAUCAACCACCACAUGGGCCGCAUGGACCACAAGGGCCACAUCAGAUCCCUCAUCAGACUGGACCGACACAGCCUGGACCACCCUCGUCUCAAUCAUCGAGUCAGCCACCACCUCAGGCACAGACACCGCAGUCACAGGGACAGGGACAACCACCAGCGCCACAACAGCCACCACAGGGACAGACAAGUCAGACUGGUCCACCCCAUCAGCAAUCACCCAGUCCUGGGCCGGGCAAUUUUCCACCAACAGCUGGACCACCGACACAGGGACCACCGGUAAAUCCACCACCAGCACCUGGUCAGCCACCUGGGGGUUAUGGACCUCCCCAGUCUCAUCCCGCAACUACUCAGACUUAUGUGCCACCUGGACCUGCGGGCCAACCACCUCAGGGAUAUCCACCUCAUCCACCUGGACAGGGACAGCCACAUUAUGGACAUCCACAGUAUCCACCGCAGAAUUAUCCGCCCCAUCCUGGUGCACCUGGACAAUAUCCUCAGUAUCCACCGAGGGGACCACCUGGACACAUGCCACCACCUCCUGGACCUCAGGGACCACCUCCCAAUCAGUAUGGGGGGUACGGCUAUCAACAACCGCCUCAGUGAUUUUUUUUUAUCACUUUGUGUGCUGGAUUUUUAUCAUUUACUUUUUUACAACAGAGGCACUAUGAUUUUAUUAUAUUUCGGGAUUGUACUAUAUCGUUAAUCAUUGCCCAUUACGUAUUCCUCUUGACUUAUUAAAAUUCUCUUUCAAGGCUAA